AUGGCCACAUCCGAGCUGGACUCCGAGGUAGAGUUCAAACGAAGGGCCUUGCAGUUAGGAGUGAGCUCUUCCAACAUCGACUCGCUCAUCGCUUCAGGCUUCAAAACGUUCGGGCAGUACGCGUUCAGCGUCCCAAACCAGCCCGGCAGCGCGGACGAAAGCCCCUUGGUCGAUCUGCUCACUUCUUCCCUUUCAGGGGAGCCAGAUGCGGGGCAGCUUUCAUGCUUGAGACGUCUCUUCUGGGAGGCUCAUGGUUUGGCGGUUCGGGAUCUUCGUCUUCGACAGGAACAUGGCUCGGACUCCGCGUCUGACUGGUAUCACAUGGUCUCCCGAGACGGAGCCCUCGCACAGUCGCUGGCUAUGGAUUUGGCAGGCCUGGCAAGCUUCCAAGUGUCCGAGGCCUGGCACACUUACUUGUUCACGGUCCGUGAGCGUGAAGUUCCAAAGAACAUGAGGCCGGUUACCUUACAGCAAAUCUUGGAUGCCGACAAACGUCUUUGGGUUCUUCUGGCUGAGGAAGUCCGGGGAAAGAUUGUGGCUCGCCCUGGGGCGAACCCCACCUGCGAUGCAGUGAUCGAGCGCCUUUGCAUGUCGAAUGAUGUCCUCUCCUACCUCUCCCCGCAGCAUGAACUUCGGCAACCGACCCUCCCACGCUGGGAGCCCUAUACUCCUCGCGGGAGGGGCCGAGGAAAAGGGAAGGACGGGAAGGACAAAGGCAAGACGGGCAAGGCCCCAUCGACCGAGAGUGCCCCGACUCCUCCCGCAAUUCCAGAAGGGGCCCAUAGCACAACACCGGAGGGUAAACCACUUUGCUUUCUUUACAGUCGUGGCAAGUGCUGGGCCAAGAAAAAGGCUGGGCAACGUUGCGCCAAGGGCUUUCAUCUUUGCUGGUUUUGCCUCAAGGAGCAUCCUGGCUGCGAAUGCCCGACCAAGGGAGCCUUGUCAGAGGGGGACAUUGUAAAGCUUUUCGACCUCCUCCCCAAGGAGGAGCAGAGCGGAGCCCGCGACGCACAUAAGCUGGGGCAUUCUUUCACAACAGGGCUCUAUGCUAGAGUCAAGGUUGCACUAAGGCGCAACUCGCGACUGUUUCCGAAUUCAACCAAGGUCCUGGCUUCUUUUGUGACCCAAGUUCACCCUAGCCAUAAGUUUUCUUCGAUAAUCAUUUUCGACUCCGUGGAGACCUCUGUGCACACCGAUGCUCUCAAUGCCCCUGGCGAUAACUUGGUCGUUGGGCUCAGUGACUUUUCAGGCGGCGACUUGUGGGUCGAGUGGCCCGCUAACACCCCUAGGACUCCUGGCUUGUCCUACGAGAACCGGAAUCUUGGGAACGAGUCCGUGCUAGGCUUCCGUGUGCCUAGCCCCGCAGACUUGAACCAAGCGGGCCGUGUGUUUUCGCAAGAGGGAUCCCUGGCUGCGGGUUUUCGUAAGAUAGGCUGGGACACCUUGGCGAUAGUCCAGAACGAGAACAAGCUCUUUUGCUUCUGCGCGCGGGUCCUCCGAUGGGCCCUGGACAAGGGAGUUCUUGUGUGCCUGGAAGCCCCGGAGGCCCCCGACCCGCUCCGAUUCGCUUUCUCACCAACCUGUCGCAUUUGCACUCGUUGCCUGCUGCCAGCAACUGAGCUACCGCCCUCCCGAGGCAUUCACGGGGCCUUCGAUCACUUUGAGGGGUCUUCCUUUCCGGGUUCAGGGUCCCUUGGCGGUUCAGGGUCUGUGACUUCGGAGUCUGGGCCGUCUUCGGGGGAUAAAGUUCCUGUUGGCAUCUAUGCCACCCCGGCCGAGUUCGUGGAGCGAGCCCGAGCCCUUCAGCACCCUAUGGCUGGGCCCAGCUCAGUGACCGACUCCUUCAAGAAGGCCCUCUUCGCGAACCUGACCCGCAGCCCCGUUGACAUCGUGCGAGCCAGGGCCUCGUUCAUGGAGAAGGUCAAAAACCUAGCCGAUCAGCUUCAACCGGAUGAAGAAAAACUUCAUGCCUCCUUCUCACCAGAGCUCCAGUCUGUUCUUAAGGGGAAGCGAUUGCUGCUCUUUCGGAAGCUUCUCGAGAUGUACAACUAUGACGACCCUCAGGUCUGGAAGCUCCUUCGUGAUGGGCCGACGCUUACGGGCUGCCAGGACCACCCUCCUUAUGCUGAGCACCGUUACCGGCCUGCGGCGAUCCCCACGGAACAGCUGGAACGAGAGUCGUCUUGGAGAAGGCGCUUGAUUUCAUCGAAGACCAUCUUGCCCGUCGGUCCCUACAGAUCCGAGGCCGAGGUGACCGCUGCUCUGGGGCGAUCAGAUUGGGUCGCCACUCCGCGCUUCGUGCUGCUUCAGGGCUCCAAAGCCAAGCCUCGUGUCAUUGAUGACUGUCGCGCAUCGGGCUUGAAUUCUUCUUUCUCCUCUAGCGAACGGCUUCGACUGCAGGACCUUGACUGCGUGGUGGCCAUGAUCAAAUUGACUGGCCGGAUGGCGUGCAAGCGCUAUGUUCGACUGGACCUGUCCUCGGGCGAAACCCUCUGCGGGGAUCGGGUCCUGCACCUCGUGGUCCUCUGCCACCAUGACGAGGGAGGCAAACCGCUGUAUUACAUCUCCGAGUCUCUCCCCUUCGGGGCGGACGGCUCGGUAUAUGGCUUUGUUCGCGUCAGCCGAGCCAUCUCCUUCCUUAUCAACGAGGCCCUCUUGGUCCCCAGCUCUGUUUACUUCGACGACUUCCCUUCGCUCAGCCCCCGGGCCACGGCAAAGUCUGCGACGGAUGGCAUCUCCUUCCUUCUGAAAGCUCUGGGCUGGAAGUUCUCGACGGACCCCGACAAGGCCAAGGACUUUGACCGGAACUUCGAUGUGUUAGGCUGCACCUUGGACUUGUCGGGUCUAGUGGGCCCUUUCGGCUUUCUUGAAGUCGGGAACAAGCCCGGCCGCAUCGACCACAUCGUGAGUCUGCUCGACGAACUGGGCAGUGGAAGGGGCGAUCUCCGACUCGUCCCAGUGUUGCAAGGUCAGCUGAACUUCGCUUCAAACUUCGUCCUAGGACGGGCGGUGUCCCCACUGGCUCGAGCUCUCAGCUCUGCGAGUUCGUUGGAAAUUCCCGUCCUUUGCGAGAAGAUUAAGAGCCUUCUUCAGAGAUCUUCCCCCCGUAAGGUAUCGUGGCAUUCGCCGGACGCCCCGAUCCUCAUCUUCACGGAUGCUGCCUUCGAAGGGGGCGUGGCAACGAUGGGUGCAGUAGUCAUAGAUACCAUGGGAGGGACCCCCGACAUAUUUGAUGGGACCCUUCCGACCGCCAUAGUCUCUUCGUGGCAGCGAUAUGACGACGAGCAGAUCAUAUGCCAGGCUGAGCUAGCAGCUGCUGUGUGCAUUCGCUACCGCCUCCGAGCUAGAUUGGCUGGCCGGAAGUGCAUAUACUUCAUCGAUAAUGAGUCGGCAAGAUUCACACUGAUACGCGCGGUCUCGGGAGUUCCGUCGAUGCAGGCCCUUGCUUCGCUUUUCCAUCUUUGGGAUGAAGAUCAUCCCCAUUAUGCUUGGGUGGAGCGAGUCCCAUCGUCAUCAAACCCCGCGGAUUUACCAUCCAGGGGAUGCAUCGACGAUUGCGUCAGCCUCGUGAAUGGACGCUACUCAGGCGGCCUUGUCAUGCCUCCUGGAUCCGAGGGCUUUGACCCCUUGGGAAGUGCAGAAGCUUUCUCUGAGGAUAGCCCGCCUUCCUUGGUGACACUGGCCACCUCAAAGGAUUAG